AUGAAUCGGCCUGGUAAAAACAACGGUAUAUACGCGGCCGAAACGAUCCUGAAGCGAAGAGUUCGUGAGGUAUUUCGAAGAGACAAUAUUCUUGGUAUUGCUAUCGAUUUCUUGGUCAAAUCUUGCCAUUAACAAAUCGUUGUCUUGUAGGGAAAAGUCGAGUACUUUAUCAAAUGGAAAGGAUAUUCACAGAAGUAAGCAUCGUGUCGUUCACGUGCAUAAAUUUAAUAUUCCUUAAUAUUCCUUCGCGUUAGUUGAGCUGUUGACGGUUUUGCCUUUGAAAUUCAAUUAGGUACAACACAUGGGAACCAGAGGAAAAUGUCUUAGAUCCACGUUUACUGAGGGCUUUUCGACAACGAUUAACAGCGAGGUAAAAUAACGAUCGAGUGUUGACAAAUAUUAUACGCGUUCAGACUCGCUUGAUUCUUGCUCGCUUCGAGGCAUUCAUGUGUGCAAAUUAUAAUUUUAGAGGAAACCCAAUUGCUUCUGUAACCAAGAGCUUGCUUAAAAUGUUUACUCUGGUGGCGUCAGAGGAUGGCAGGAACUUCGGAUUGGAUUGUUUUAGUACGGAAGAAAGGCAAUGUUUGUGAAAUUUGUAAUCAAGUAAGACUAAAAUCAACUCGAGUGUAGAUUUCAUUUUUAGCACUGAGUCACACUCUGAAUGAUCGCUUUUAUUUCAUAAAUGUUCCUGUUUUUGUUGUUUUAUUAGAAAGGGAAAGUUUAAAGGCAAGAAAAAGAAAAUGCUUGUGUCUGAGGAAAACGUAAGUAUCGAAACUCUGUCUUUAUCUUACCUUAUGUCUAAGGCGAAUAUUUUUAUUUCCGUAGUAUUGGAGUAGCAAUUAAAGGAUUGUGAUGAAACGGACAACCGUAGGAAAACCACCCUUGGAUUUCGAUAGCUUUUUUUUCUAUUCUAAUUAAAAACAUCUUAUAGCGAGGAAAAGAUAGGUUUGUUAAAAAAAUAGCAUCUCUGAAAUCCUCAUCUUUCGAUCUGCAAAGCUUUGAGUGUUUGAAAAUGAAAACAUUGCCAUUUUUAGUUUCAUUUUGUUUCCUUUGACAUUUAAUACUGUCCAUGUUUUUGCAAUUAAUAAAUUUCCAUCAAAUCAAUGUCUGUGAUAAAACGUUUUGGACAUUCAAUACUAUCGAAAGAGGUCGGCAAACGUGUCCAAGACCGAUCCAAAGUAAGCUGACGGACCAAAUAUUUUUAAAAUUCAGAUUUACAAGUGGUUGUCAAAAAAAAUUUUGUAUUGGAGUUUAUUUCGUAUGUAUAGGCAGUGUUGUCGAUUUUCUUUGUGGUAAGAUCCAGUAUCAUAUUUUUAGGAUAAUUUUGUUAGCAGCUCUAGGGCCGACAAUUCCUGAAUUUUUUCUGAAUUCUUGAUGAAAUUUUUUCGAUGCUUACUAUUCGUCUGCGUGUGCGUUCGAAACCGAAAUGUUUAUUUUUUGUCACGAAUGCAAAUGAUAUUGACAAGUUUUCUUUUCGUGAAUUUUCCAGCCGGAAGAGCCAGACAGAUCUUCUGUGGAUGUUGAAAACGUCACCAGCGUCAAUGAUCAUGAAAGUGAUAGCGAAAUUGAUGAAUCGUCUCGCGAGGUUGAUCCGCCGCCCGCGAAGCGACGACGGCGUCGGAAAAAACGAAACUUACCGAAGGUAAACGAAAGUACUGGCGAAGCUGUUCCGUCUCUUGAGGUUGAAACCACAGUCCCUCUCGCUGUAACCGAAGUAGGUGAAAAAACUGCAGAGGUCGAAAUUACGGAAUCCGAAGAAAAAUUUCCUGAUAAAGCGAGUGAAAACAAAACUGCUGAGUCGAAUUCGAAUAUCGAAGAAACUCCCUUGAAAGAAAUUGCGCCGUCCACCUCCGUUGUGAGUGAAUUAGACACCACUCCUUGCAACGCUGGUUGUAGUGGCAGCUCAAAGACAGACGUACUCGAAACUCCACUACCUGAAAAACCUCCGGUGAUCGAGAAAGACAAUCAACCCAAACCAAGCACCCCUGAUGUCCCCACGGUAUCCACCAGCUCCCCUUCGUCAUCGCGACACGAAGUUCCGCCCCCAGCAGCCCCCACGGAAAUGAAAAACACCCCGGUGAUACCGCGGUACUCGCGAUUUGAAUUUUUAGCAAACAGCAUGAUUAUCACAGAUGUCACAACAGAAAGAGGAACAGUGACAGUAAAGGAAUGUUCUGCUUAUGAGGGGUUUUAUGGCCCCGAACCGGACCGAUCAGGCUAAAACGAACCCGAGGGAAUCGAAUGAAAGGGAACAAAAAAAAAAAGAGAUGUUUUAGUGCAGUUGAGUCUUGGUAACGGGAACCGUUAAAGAGGAUCAUUAAAGGUUCGAGGUACAGAAAGAGGGGCAGACUUGAUUGAAAUGCCUACCAAAUUAGUGAGGAAGACAAGGUUUUCGUCACAUGAUCGGUAUAAAACUGAUGAAAAGUGUUUUUAAUCAGGUUCAUUACAGAGACACGUUUGAAAGAUACAGAAAGAGGGGCAGAUGUGAUUGAAAUGUCUACCAAAUUAGAGAAGACAAGGUUUUCGUAACAUGAUCGGUAUAAAACCGAUUAAAAGUGUUUUUAAUCAGGUUCAUUACAAAGACACGUUUAAAAACGUGAGGAAAAUAAGCUAACAAAACGAGACAGCUGACUUGAAUCGAAUACUGUAGCGCACUUUAACAUAGAGGUUCGAGACAUUGAGGUCAAAGUUGUGAAGAAAGUGACUUGCAAAGAAGUGAUUUUUUAGUUAACGUGUAUUAAGGGUACGGGUUACCAAGAGUCGACUGCACAAAGGAAGGAUUAAAUGUAGUUAAGCAUUUCCUUUAUUUAUUCGUUGUGCAUGAAAGCCAUAUUUACAUUUGAACAUAAAAUUGUUGACAAUAAAACCCGCAUCGAAAAGAGAUUCUUUUACUGUAGGUAGAAACUUAAAUUAAAGGCAGACGUUAUAAUGCGGAUAAGCAAUAAAUUAUGAAAAAAGAAGAAGGAUUUGUCUCAAGGAUAUUACCGGGAGAUUCUUGGUUUGUAAGUUAUGCAAAUUAUUAAAUAAUACGAAGAGAG